GGUUCAAAUUCCAUUUCCUCCCAACUCCCUCCUCCCUCAGCUACUACUGCUACAGUACGAGCUGCAGGACUGUCAGCUGCUGGAAGCACUGAUAGUAAACCACCACGAGAGAAAACGAGAGAAACUGAGGCGGCCUACUGCUUCCACAGUGUUGUUCUGUUCUUCAGUCUCUGUGUGGUGAAAUUUUAAUUAUGGGGUCCAACAACCACUGCAUGAACUCUGACCCCGGACGGUCACAACCUCCUGCCCAGCGUCGGAGUCUCUUCAACAGCAUCAAGUUCUUCGUGCUUUGCCACAGUAUGCUGCAGCUGGCGCAGCUGUUGGUGUCGGGCUACAUGAAGAGCUCCAUCAUCACCAUUGAGAGACGCUACGGACUCUCUAGCCAAAAGUCGGGGAUCCUGGCUGCUUUCAACGAGGUGGGAAACACGGUCCUCAUCAUCUUCGUGAGUUUCUUUGGGAGUCGAGUCCAUCGGCCGCGGUUCAUUGGAGGUGGAGCUCUGCUGGCUUGUCUGGCCUCACUACUGAUUGCAUUGCCGCAUUUUCUGAGUGGGCCGUACAAGUACACCGGUCAGACCAGCUCUUCCAGUGACAACAGCACAAACCUCUGCCAAUCAAAGAUUACCCUCACCACUUCAUCCUCCAAUCAGAGCUGCAGUGACCAGGAGAAUCCCACCCAGCGGAUGGUGUACCCUCUGCUGCUGCUGGGUCAACUGCUGCUGGGUAUUGGAGCCGUCCCCAUCCAGCCUUUUGGCAUCUCUUACAUCGACGACUAUGCCAGCAAAAAGAACUCACCGCUCUAUCUCGGGAUCCUCCUCGCUGUGACCUCCAUUGGCCCGGCCUUUGGCUUCAUCACCGGCUCCCUCAUGCAGCGCUUUUAUGUUGACUUUGACAAGUUGUCCAAAGACGAGAUUGAGUUGAACCCCAAGGACUUGCGCUGGGUGGGGGCCUGGUGGCUCGGUUUCCUAGUGGCGUCUUGCCUUCUCUUCCUCACUGCGCUACCUUACCUCUUCUUCCCCAGAAACAUGCCCAAAGAGGACGGUGCAGACGAUGUGGAGCCCAAACCAGACUGUAAGCAGCAGCAGACACAAGAGCUUCAGGAAGUCUCUCUUCUUCAGUUCUUCAAAAGUUUUCCUCAUAUCGCUCUGCGAACGCUGCGCAGUCCCAUCUACUUGUUGGUGGUUCUGGCCCAGGUGAACCUGGCAGCACUGCUGUCCGGCCUUGCCACCUUUAUGGCAAAGUUCAUUGAGAGGCAGUUCAGUCAGACUUCCUCCUUUUCCACUAUGAUGAUAGGAGGAGUUUGUAUCCCAAUGGCAGUGCUGGGUAUCGUUCUGGGUGGAGUUCUGAUGCGGAGGUUGAAUCUUUCAGUCAAUGGUGCCAGCAAGUUGUGCACCACUGCCAUCCUGCUCUGCAUGUUUACUGCAUUGCCGCUGUUGCUCAUUGGCUGCCCGACUCAGAAGAUUGCUGGGGUCUUUCCUCCCAGCUCUGAUGCGUUGUCAUGCAGCUCUGGCUGUGGGUGUCCUCAGGAGGCAUUUAACCCGGUCUGUGGUUCGGACGGUGUUGAGUUCAGGUCUCCCUGUCACGCCGGCUGCAUUGCCAUAGAGACAGAUGCCAACAACAAACCCAUAAACUACACAGAGUGUCGAUGUGUCAGCGGUCUCGGGUACGCCUCUCCUGGGACCUGUGGCAGCGGAUGUUCCCACCUCCUUCUCCCCUUCAUGGUGCUGAUCGGUCUCACCAGCUUCAUCGCCGCCUUCUCCCAGACGCCCUCCUACAUGAUGAUACUCAGGACGGUGGCCAUAGAGGACAAGUCUUUUGCAGUGGGAGUCCAGCACAUGUUGUUCAGAGUCCUCGCGUUCAUGCCGGGCCCGGUGUUGUAUGGCAGUGUCAUUGACACCACCUGCAUCCUGUGGGGCAAAAAGUGUGGCAAAAAUACUUCCUGUCUCUACUACAACCUGGACCGCUUCAGACAGAGGUUUCUGGGUCUGCAGGUCGUCUUUGUGUGCGGGGGGCUGCUCUGCUUCCUGUUGACGGUCGUGGUCCUGCGAAGGAGAUCCAGCAUUGAGGAACCACAGCCGACAGAAAGUAAAGGAGGGUACGAGCUGGUGAAGGAUGUGGAAAGACCGAAGAAUGUUUCGUCCAAAGAAAAAGAAAUGAAUGGCAUCAAGACCUGAAGAAAGCCAACAAGAGAAAGGUGGGAAAGAAAGAUGAAAGGCAGCUGGACAAACAAGAAAGUUCAGAAAGUUUCUUAAGAUGGUUGGAAGCUGCUACGAUACCAAAGCUUCAAGUUACAGGGCAUGUCUAGUGUUUCUCCUGUCUUUUGUGUAAAGGGCCAGUCAGCCUGUAUAAUGACAUUGUAAUUGCUUUACACUAAAUACUCAGUACAUGCUCUGCUAACACUAGUAGUGGAAUAAGUAUGAUGUUCUACUUUGGAACAAGUAUAAAUACCACACUGUACAAAUACUCUUUUCAUAAUGUGACUAAAGUGGGUAUUAGCAUUAAAAUAUACUUAAAGUACCAAAACUAAAAAUACUCAUUGAGCCGGUUUGAGCCAGUUUCAAAAUAACAAAUCUGACAGAAUUGUAUAAUCAUUCUUAUUCCAUUGAUGUGUUCACUUUUAGUCACUGAAGUGUUGCAGCUGCAUUGUAACAAAAUGCAUUUGAACUACUUAAUAUACUCCUGGCUUUAUAAUCAUCAUCAUAACACAUCAUUUAUUGAUUAUAUUUUGUAUUAAUCUGAAUAUCUAAAGUUGCUAAAGCUGUCAGAUCAAUGUAGCACAGUAGACAAGUGUAAGAUAUGUAGCUGUGACAAGUAUAGAUGGGUAUAAAAUGAAAGUAAAGUACAAAUACCUCAAAAUGUACUUGAGUGAAUGUACUUUCUACUGAACACACUUCCAAAUUGUUCCAAAAACACUGAUUUGUUUGAACAUACGCCGAUCAAUAUAAUGUGACAUGUGACAACACACGUACGCUGCUUUUAUACGAUUCAGUGAGCCCAAACAUCAAUGUGCAUUUUUGAAAUAGAGAAUCAGGUGCUGACAUUUAAUAAGCUGUACAUCCCAACUUUUCCCUCCAAAUACAAAGUAAGGACACUUUGAACUGUGGGGGUGAUUUCAGUUGUUCAGAUUGUUGUUAGGCAUGCAAGCAGUAUGGCUCUAGAGAUAGUACUGUACUGUAGGUCGGCCCAGAAGGGAACCACUGAUGGAUUUAUGUUCAGCUCAGGAUGAUUUCUUUGACUUUUCUUCCACAUCAUCAACAGUCUAUUAAUCUUUUUUUUUUCCUGCGAGACUAAUGUGAACCAGCCAGCUGACGCCUUCCGCUGCUUUUGUGGGUCAUGUAACCACAUCGCUUCCACUUUAAGCCUAUUUCUCAUGUAAUUUCAUAUGUUUUAGGCUUUUCACAUGCUGUGAUUUUUUUUCUCUAUGACAUGGCAUGUAAAGUGACUCACUAUCUCACCAUAACUGCAUGACUGGUGUGUUACUCAUACACCAUUUGAUGAUACCAGACUGGUCUUAGAGGAUGUAACGGUCUGUUAAGUCUCACCUUGCAUAUCAUCCCCAUCUCUCUCAUUUCCCAUAGUUUCUCCACUAUUGGCUUUCCGAUGAAGGCAUUAAAAUGGACCAAAAAUAAGCUAUAAAAAGGUCUUGAAGACCAAAGAAUCGAAUUUCCUUCAUGAGUAAACCCAAACUUCACACCUCAGGGGACCUGGGGGACGUCAGAUACUACAUCCAUGCAUGUCAGAUCGUAUUUUCAGCAGGGGUUGCUGCCCUGUAUAUGUGUGUCAGAAUACACACACAUUAUAUAACUGACAGAUGUUGUGAAGUGAAUUUUCUAUUCUUAAAUGUGAAGCUUGCUUGAAAAUAAUAUCACAGCUCGAUGUCAUAGUGGUUCUAAGGAAAUGUCUUUCUGCAUCAUUACAAUAACCGAUUACAAUAACCACGCAGCUAGCUGCGAUAAGCCACACAUGAAGCAUGAAGCCGUAUAACUGAAGACUUUAUUACAAUGCUUUACACAAAAUAUACUGAUUGCAUGAUAAGAUAUCUCAGGGGUCAGUGUAUAUUUGAAUCUCCAGCUUGUAAAAACACCAUUGUUCUUGGUGUUAAAGCCGUCCUCACAGUGAUUUAAAGUUGAAUCCAGACAAACAAAAAUAUUAUUUGAGUCACUGCUUCAGAGCUCUGAGUCUGCAUUAUUCUUUAAAUUCAGUCUAUUGUUUGAAUAGUGGGAGAUCACCAUGGGUGCUCAUUUCUGAAAUUAAGAAAGAAAGACGAGUUCUCUGUAUAAGAACCUGCUGCAACUACAACUUCUCUCCUAAUGACAACAUACGUCCAGGUCAAGAUUUAAGUGCAAACUGAAUCUGUUGACAUCUUAAAAGUGACUCAUUGAAAUGUUGGUUGUUUCGAUGAAUCUGUAAUGUUAAACGUGAAUCGUAGUGAGUCUGACUGGAGCUUUUCUUUAUGUCAUUUUUUAAGUACUAAAACAGCUUUUACUUUGAAAAUCAGAAUCAUAUAUAUUUUGCAUAAUGCAUAAAAAUGCAUUAAUAUUAAAGACUGCUUUCCAAUGUAUUUGUUUUGUUUUUUACAAAACGUCUCUGAGCUUUGAUUAGUUUUGUACAAAUGUUGUCUUUUUAUUGUCUUAUCUUUGUUUUUACUUUGUCCCAGGUAUAAUUUUCACUGUGUGAGCUCAAACCAGCUAACUGCAUAUUUUUCUAUAUAAAAACCCAGAAACGUGAAUCUUUAGCAUUUCAUGACCUGCUCUGCAGAUGAUGACAAUUGUUUUCUAUUGCUGAUUUUUUUUUUGCCAAUUUGUAUAUGUAUUAAAACAGCUUUUACUUUGAAAUUUAAAAAAACAUUUUAAUUUUUUAAACAAAGAAAAUGUAUAAAGCUUAUUUUGAUUAAUUCCUUAUCUUUAAGUGUUUUUCUAACUUUUCUGUUUCAUAAAAAAGUUGCUCUCUUUGUCAUAUCUUUGUUUUCACUUUAACUUUGUUUCAUUCCAAUAUUGCUCUCAUUCAUUUUCUCCACAUUCUGAGGUAAAACUCACUUGUGAAGUUAUUCCUACCUUUGAUAAAUGUUUAUAAAUUUAAAACUGAGCCGAGACACAUUCAAGCCAGUCUGAGUGAAUUUGAAUAAAUCUCUGAAAACAUGCAUAAA